CAAUGGGAACUCCUUGCCCAUUUUAAUAACUGGAUUUUUUUUUUUAUUACUGAGCUUUGAGAGUUCUUUAUAAAUUUUGAGUCCAGUUUAUUUAAUAUGUGUGCUAUAAAUAUUUUCUCCCAGCUUUGACUUCUCUAUUUUCUUAACAUUGCCUUUAAGAGAACAAAAGUUUUAAUUUUUUCUGUUUGCCAUCUGGAAGUAGCAAAGCUACUAGCCUAAGCUCACAAAAUUUUCUUUUAUCUUGUCUUCUAGAAGUUCUGUAGCAUUAUGUUUUACAUUUAGGCCUGUGAUCCAUUGUGAUUAAUUUUAAUUUCUACAUAUGAUGGAAGGUAUGAGUUGAGAUUCAUCUUUUUUCAUAUGGAUAUUUAUUUCGUUGCUACAACCUCAUUUGUUGUAAAUAUACUUUCUCUGUUAAAUUACCUUGGCACCUUUUUCAAAAAAAUUAAUUAAUGCCAUUGCUGUGUGGCCAUGUUUCUGGACACUCUAUUCUGUUGAACAGAUCAGUGGUUAUCAUUUUGACAGUACUAUACAGUCUUAUAGCCUGGUAGCCUUAAAGGAACCAGGUAAUAUAAAAUUUUUCAACCAUAUUCUUUUUUUUCAAGCUUGUUUAAGCUGAGUCCUUUUGUUUUCCAUAUCAAUUUUAGAAUCAGCUUGUCAGUUUCUACAAAAGAGCUUGUCGGGUCUCUGAUUACAUUGUACUGAUUCUUUAGAUCAGUUUGGGGAGAGUUGACCCAGUUUUUUCUCAUUGUUAGUAUGGGAGCGACUCUUUCCAGCUCUCUCUGUUCUAGACAGAAGCGUCUAUGUGAAGUUUUAAAUGCUAUUUCAGAAAGGAAUAGUUUACUUCCAUUGUUGAGUAUUUUAAUUUACCAAUUUCAAUCUAAAUUAAACACUUGAAGCUUUUUUUCUUAUCUGGAAAAUGGGAUAUUGAAUCACAAUCUCUGGGCUUCCUUUCAGUGCUAUAUUAAUAUGUUCUUUAGUGGAGAUCUAAUUUUCCAGUGUGUGAUGUGGUAUAUUUAAUUUUUCAAAAAUUCUGUUCACCUUUCCCUUCUUCUUGAAGAUUAAAUAUAUUUUAAUACCCUUUUCUAUAUUGUAAUUUUGUGAAAAAUGCCAAAAAAUAGAAAUAGUGAAAUAAACUAACUUUCCUGGUAAUAAUAAUUGGUCUUUCAAAUUAGAAAGCCUUUUUCCUGAACUUGUUGGAAGUUAGAAAUAUAUACAUCUUCAAGAAUAAUGUGUAUGUUUUAAGAAGUGUAAAAAUUAAUUCUACAAAGAGAAAAUGAAAUACAUAGUAAAAUUUUUCUUCUGUAAAAUUAUCUGUUGCCUUUUUUCUUUAUUUAGGAAGGGCUUAGAAAAGAGAUAUGAGGAAUUGACCUGAUAGGUGCUUUUUGUUAGGCACUUAUGGAGCUUAGUAUUUAUAUUAUCUGCCAGGUUUCUUUGGUUCCAGUUUAAAGAUUACAAAAAACUCUUAGUCUAUACCUCUGAGUGACCUAUAAUUUAUUAACAUGUGUUAUAAGUCUACAACCUUUCCUUAACAUUCAAAAAUUUAACUUAAUAAAUAUAAUUUGUAUUUACUUGUUAAAUGCCUUAACUCACAGUUGUGAAACUGUGUGCCGAGGCUUCCCAGGACAUCAAGUGAAUUCACAGGGUACCACUUUCAAAGGAAAUACAGCUGUAUUCACCAUCUAUCAGAUCCCUUGUAGGCUACUAGGUUGAGGUAGUUCACAGUUUGAACAUAAAGUCAACUACAUUUCUUUCUUCAUAUCCUUGCAAAACUGGUUUCUGGAUGUUUGCUCUGGUAACAGUGCAAAUACUGCAUGAAAAUCGGUGUGGAUGAAGAAAUGAGGUGGCAGUGUCUAAUUUGAUUCCAAGGUUUGAGAAGUUGUACACUGACCAGAGGUACAUGCAUGCCAUUAGUAACUGUAGUUACCUCAGUGCUAUAGACUGAAUAUUUGUGUCCCCUCAAAAUUCAUAUGUCGAAAUUCUAAACCCUAAUCUGAAGGUAUUCGGAGGUGGGAGCCUUUGGUAGGUGGUUAGAUCCUGAGGGUAGAACACACAAGAAGGGGUAAGUGUCUUUAUAAAAGAAGAGCUCAGAGAGCUCCAUGGCCCCUCUACCAUGUGAGACAGAGCAGAGAUGCCAUUUAUGAACCAGAAGGCAAGCUCUUACCAGACACUGAAUCCACCAGCUUGUUCUUAAACUUUCCAGCCUCCAGAACUGUGAGAAACAAAUGUUUGUUAUUUUUAAGCCACCUUGUCUAUGGUACAUUAUUGUAGUAGCCCAAAUGGAGUUAAAACUUAGAAGAGUGAGGUUUUUAAGUAUAAGGGCAAAAUGUAAACAUCCCCAUGAUUUGUGCAGAUAUUCAUGUUUUCCAGUGGCCACUUUUUUUCCUGCCAGUUACUAUUACCCACAUCACUCUGUUUUUUAGUACUUGUACUUCCUUUGAGGUGUGAGAUUUUGGUCUUUUGCUCCUGUGGGCUUUAUAGAGGCCUGAAAAAGGAUUCUCCCCUUUUCUUUUUAAUGCCCUGCAGGAAUUUUGCAAUCUUUACUUAUUUAUGAAAUGGAAGCAACAAAGGAUUGUUACCCUUUUUUUAAAAAAAAUAAACUUCAUCUUCCUAGAUACACCAUGCUUCUAAUGGCUAGGCUGGGAUGUUUUAUACUUAUAUUUUCUUUCUUUCUCCCUUUCUUCUUUUCCUUCUUCCUUUCCUUCUUUCUUUGCCACAUGGCGUUCCUGAGCCAACAGUCAGACCUGAGCCACAGUUACAACCCAUGCCUCAGCUGCAGCAACACCAGAUCCUUUAACCCACUGCGCCAGGCCAGGAAUCAGACCUGCGAUCUAGUGCUACAGAGACAUUGCUGAUCCCAUUGAACCACAGCAGGAACUCCACUAUAGUUUCCUUUGAGAUGAUUUAGAACUUUGGUGGUCCCAAAAGCCACUAAGGGAAAACAAUAAUUGGGAUCGUAUAUAGUAUAUUAUAAAUUUUACAGAGUAUAGACCAUAAUGAUUCAAUCUAAACUGAGAAAGGGCAGAUCUGUCUCUUGGAAGAGCUUGUGUCAGUAUAAAAAAUGAAUUUUUCUUGUUCGUUAUUUGGUUUUUUAAGAGUUAAGGAGAAUUAAUACAGAGCUAGAAUGACAGGCAGGCAAGUUGAUAUAGACUGACAGUCUAUUCCCUACUGAAACCACACAAGCCUUCCAAAGUUGAAAAUUAAUGAAGGGUGUAAGUUUGCCACAGAAUGCUUUGGCAGAGAAGGGCUAUAGAUAGGAUGCCAUGAAAAUAAAGGCAUCAGGGAGUCUCAUAUGACAGAUAGGGGUUGGAAAGAAUUAGUGCUUUACCACAAUUAGUUUGAAAAGCAGAAAGAUUAGAGCAACAUGAAAUGGAAAACAGUAAAAGUGUCUACAGGACAAGGACUGAAUAUAUACAGGGUUAAACAUCUGGAUGCCUGUACUGUUUCCAGUGGGGUUAUUAUGACUAUAAAACAUCUUCAAACAUUUUUACACGUCUUUUGAUAGUAAUGUACUCAUUUCACUAGGAUAUAAACUUAAAAAUGGAAUUGCCAAGUCCUUAGAGUAAACAUAUGUUUAGCUUUAGAAAAAAGUGUCAGUUUUCCAAAGUGGCUAUAACAUUUUAUAGUUCUGCAAACAAUGUAUGAGAGACAAUGUAUGUCUUCACAACACCUAGCGUUGUCAGUGUUUUUAUUUAUUUGUUUGGCUGCACCUGCAGCAUGGAGAAGUUACCCUGUGAAGGAUCGAACCCAAGCCACAGCAGUGACCCCAAUCCUUAACCACUAGGCUACCAGGAGCCCUGAGUCUGUGUUUUUAAAUUUAGCCUUUUUGAUAGUGUACAGUUGUAAAUCACUGUGGCUUUAUUUUACAUUGCCCUAAGGAAUAAUGAUGUUGAGGACAUUUUCACUUGCUUAUUAACUAUUUGGAUAUUCUCUUCUCUGAAAUGUCAUGUAAGAUUUCUUUCCCCAUUUUUUAACUUGAGUUUUAUCCUUUUUGAUUUGUUGUAGUUCAUUAUAUAUGUUGGGUAUGAGUGUGUGUGUGCAUAAAAUGGAUAUUUUCUCCUUGUUCUAUGGAUUACCUUUUCCCUUUCUUAAUGGUGUCUUGAUGAACAGGUUUUGAUUUUAAUGAAAUUCAGCUUGUUACAGUUUUUUUUUUCUUUUGUGAAUAGUGCUUUUUGUGCCCUGUUUAAGAACUCUUUGCUUUUCCCAAGGUUUUGAAGAUCUUUUCCUGUGUUUCCCUCUGAAGUUUACAGUUUACUUUUCACAUUUAGGUGUAUGAUUUAUCUGGAAUUGAUUUUGUGGAAGAUGUAGGUUCAUAAUGGUUCGUAGUGGAAAAAAUGGUGACCUCCAUCUUAAACAGAUUGCAUAUUAUAAACGAACUGGUGAAUAUCAUCCAACUACACUGCCGAGUGAGAGAAGUGGCAUAAGAAGAGCAGCAAAAAAAUUUGUCUUCAAAGGAAAAAAGCUGUUUUAUGUUGGAAAAGACCGAAAACAAAAUCGUUUGGUAAUUGUUUCAGAAGAAGAAAAAAAGAAAGUCCUAAGAGAAUGCCAUGAAAAUGACACUGGAGCCCAUCAUGGCAUAUCCAGAACCCUUACUCUAGUGGAAUCCAGUUACUAUUGGACUUCUGUGACCAAUGAUGUCAAACAGUGGGUAUAUGCUUGUCAGCAUUGCCAAGUGGCAAAAAAUACGGUAAUUCUAGCACCUAAACAGCAUCUUCUCAAGGUAGAGAAUCCAUGGAGUAUAGUUACUGUUGAUCUGAUGGGCCCAUUUCAUAUGAGCAGCAGAAGUCAUGUAUAUGCUAUAAUCAUGACAGAUCUGUUCACAAAAUGGGUUGUGAUUUUGCCUCUGUGUGAUGUUUCAGCAUCAGAAGUUUCUAAAGCUAUUACCAAUAUAUUUUUCUUAUAUGGACCUCCUCAGAAAAUAAUAAUGGACCAAAGAGAUGAGUUCAUUCAUCAGAUCAAUCUUGAACUGUGUGAAUUGUUUGGCACAAAGCAAAUUGUAAUUUCUCAAGCCUCCCAAACUGUUAAUCCAACUGAAAGUACACCUAGCACAAUCAAAACAUUUCUUUCCAAACACUGUGCUGACCACCCAGACAACUGGGAUGAUCAUCUAUCAGCUGUUUCAUUUGCCUUCAAUGUUAUUCACUUGGAGCCUUCUAAAAAUACACCAUAUUUUCAAAUGUUUAAUCGAAAUCCUUACAUGCCUGAGACUUCAGAUAUUCUUCAUGAGAUGGAUGGUGAUAGUACAAGUAUGUUUGCCAAAAUUCUAGGUGCAGUUAAAGAAGCUGAUAAAAUAAUGGCGAAUAAGACAACUUCAGCAGGCCAGAUGGAGAACAACAGUUUUGAUGAACUAAAUAAAAGCAAAAUCAUUGUUAAAAAGAAACCAAAGCAAUUAAAUCCAUUUCAUCUAAAAGUAGGUCAUGAAGUUUUAAGACAACGGAAAAACUGGUGGAAGGAUGGUCGUUUCCAGUCUGAAUGGGUUGGUCCUUGUGUUAUAGACUAUAUUACAGAAAAUGGAUGUGCUGUUCUGAGAGACAACACUGGGACUAGACUUAAAAGACCUAUCAAAAUGUCCCAUCUCAAGCCCUAUGUAAGAGAAUCCAGUGAACAAGACAGUCUUUAUCUCUUACAAGGUUCAGUCGUGGCAGAUCAUGACUACAUUGGAUUGCCUGAAAUUCCAGUUGGAGCAUACCAAGCAAAUAUUCUGGUAGAAGAUGCAACUAUUGGAAUAGUCGAUAAUGAAUUACUGACAUCAAGCAAAGAUCGUGAACUUUUAGAAUAUAGAAAUGCCAAAAUCUCUCCAUUGAUAGAAGAUCAUAGUACCCUUGAAAAGCAGACUUUUAGUCUGUUGGACUCUUCAAACCAAGUCCUUGAGUACUUGAGUUAGUAAACACCAAAAUUCACUUCAAGUGUUUAUUUAGAAAAUGUAUCUCCUUGAAUCUUGCUGUCUUUUCCAUUCUGUCUUGUAGUGACUAAAUCUGGAAGAUUUAUUUUAUAACUAUUUAUCUAAAACUGUGCCGCAUUUGAAUCAGUACAAAUAUAUAUAUAUAUAUUUGCAUAUAUAUUAUGCAAAUAUGUUAUAUUUGCAAAGUAUAUUUGCAUAUAUAAUAUGCAAAUAUAUAUAUGGCAAAGUAAACAUAUAAUAUAUAGAAUUCAUUUUUUUCUUCUAAAAGAGAACAGGCAAAGCAUGCCUGCUUCUUAGGAAGUAAACUACUUUCCAGCUCAAAAUUUGUCUACUUAUUGGUACCACACUUUCAGUUUUAAAUUUUGUGGUUUUUACUGGAAUAUUCCCCUCUUGUAAAAAAAUAAGUUUGAACUACUUAGAAUGGCUUUAAUAACUAUUUAUUAAAUGUGUUAAGUAAAACCUCUUUCUCUGUCAUUGGAACUUAUGUAAAUAUUGUAGAAAAAAAUUGAGUUGUUUAAUUAUACUGAUAAUUUCACAUUGUUAGGUUCGGGAUUAGGAUCUGAAACGAUGUAUUGAUUUGAAAACAUUUGUGCAUUUUCAUAGUAUAUAUUAAAGUCAAAAAUUAUAAAAUAAUUGUAAUUAUAAAA